UGCAAAUCAGGCAUCUGUUUACAGUUAGGUACAGCAUCACAACAUGGCAACUAAACCGAAGGGGAAGGAUAAAAAGGGAUCCAAGAAAGAGAAAGUUGUUGAAGAACCACCACCGGAUGUGGAAGAAAUUAAGGAAGAGGUUGAGGAGAAACCUGAAGACAAACCGCCGGAAGAACCGACUCCUCAAGAUGAAUCCACAGGAGAGUCUGCACCAUGUACACCUCCGGUUAACGACGAACCCUCGCUGACUGAGCUCAUCGUUGAAUGUUACGAGGGAGAGAAGGUCAGAGGUCUAUACGAUGGAGAAGGUGUUGCAUAUUUCAACGGAAGCCAUGACUACAAGGGUCAGUUUUCACAAGGUUUGAUGAAUGGUAAGGGAAAAUAUACAUGGUGUGAUGGUGUCACUUACGAGGGUGACCUUACUAUGAACCAUAUAACUGGUAGAGGUGUAUAUAAAUGGCCGGAUGGUAGUACAUAUGAAGGUGAAGUAUGUGAUGGGUUGCGUCAUGGACAUGGUACAUUUCGAUCUAUGAAAUCACCAUGUUCAUAUACUGGACAGUGGAACAUGGGUAGAAGAAAUGGUACAGGUAUUAUGAAGUAUGAUACAGACGGCCUGUCAUUUUAUGAAGGUGACUGGGUAGACAAUUUACGACAUGGUUAUGGUGUUAGAAGAUAUGGAUCUGGUAACAUCUAUGAAGGUGAUUGGGCUAGUAACAACAGACAUGGACAAGGAACAAUGAGAUGGAUUGAUAGAGACCAGGCAUAUUCCGGACAAUGGCAAAAUGGCAUUCAGCAUGGCCACGGUGAACAUACUUGGUAUCUGAAGAGAGUUCCUGGCUCUCAAUAUCCUUUACGUAACCAGUAUAUUGGUGACUUUGUGCAUGGAAUGAGACACGGCUAUGGUACAUUUUACUAUGCUAAUGGUGCCAAGUAUGAAGGCGAGUGGGAUAGUAAUCUCAAACAAGGACGAGGAACAUUUACUUUCAAAAAUGGCCGUGUAUUUGAAGGAAUGUUUAUACAGGAUAGAAUGGUGGAAUAUCCACAGUUCACCAUGGACGGAAUGAGUACACCGGAUAUCAGUCAAAUCCGAACUAAAACACCAGACACAUCAGCAGCACCAUUACAAGGUGAUGAUAGAUCUGUAUUGAGUAAUGAAAGUCGUAACACUUUGGGUCCAAGUCUGACUUUAGAUAUUGAUCAUUUACUGGAUGACUUCAGUGAUGAAGAUAGAGAAGAGGAGUUGAAACAAGUGAUGUUUGUUAUUUUAAGACACAUAACAACACUGAAGAAAGUGUAUAAUUUCUACGCUGGACUCGGACACGAUGCAUCUCCAGACAAUACUUUUAUCAUGACCAGAUUGCAGUUCUGGAGAUUUCUAAAAGAUUGUAAAUUUCAUCACCAAGAUAUAACACUGGCUGAGAUUGACAGAUUGUUAGCAUUUGGUGAAUCUCCCGUUGAAUUAAUACACUCACCAUUGGAUAAAUUGUUAAUGAGAGAAUUCCUGAAUCAUGUGAUUACGUUGUCAUGGCAAUUAUACAACCAAGAACACACUGGUAAUGGUUGUAUUCUAUCAUGGUGUUUAUCUAAGGCUAUCCGGGAUAAUAUCAUUCCAUAUGCAUGUAAUGUACAAGGUACAUUCUUGUAUGAUCCAAGGAGAGCUGUUAAUGCCUUGGGUUAUAUGGAUACAUGCUGGGAAAUCUAUCAAUCUCUGUGCACACCCAGAUGUUAUCCCCCCUAUGAGCCGUCUCUAAAGAUGAGGGAAUUUCUGUUUAUGUUGAAAGACUACAGACUUAUUAAUGAGAGACUGACACCAAAACUGAUUCUCGAAAUACUUGCUGCAGACAACCCUGCUGUCUAUGAUGGUACUGACUGUAAUCUUCAACUUGAGAUGACUUUUGUGGAAUUCUUUGAAGCUCUCAUUGGUUGUUCAGUUGUUUAUGUAACUGAGGAUUUAGUUAAAGAUCCGAAUACACCCAGACCCAGUACUGUCAUGUCACAAGUACAAACUUCCUUUAGUACAACAACACAGGCUACAGCAUCCAGGGCUAGUGGAAUACUUGAUGAGAAUGCAGAUGAACAAGGUACAACAGGAGCUGUAUCACCAGCACAGAGACAGAAUAUAUCACCAGAAACAGUAUCACCACAGAUGAGGGCUAUGUCAUCAGUAGAUUUAAUUCAUAAAUUAUCAACUGAUGUCUCCUCUAAACAUGAU